AUGAGCAAUAGUGAAUCGAAUACCCUGCAUAUGGAGCAGCCCGAGACAACAACUCCAGCGGAAUUGGCAGUCUCUACUACUUCAUCAGCUGAUCAAUGGCGAUUAUUUUUAGGUCUUACGAUCCUUGUCGGGUCUUACAUUUUACGUGUCGAGGUCGUGCGAUUUUCUCUACGAGUUGUGCGUCGGAUUAUUCCUGCUUUAUUUACGUGGUUACGGGAGUUUGAGAAGAUGUUAUUACGCCCACUUUCUUGGGUUGUUUUUGUGCUAUUGGCCUGGUUUUCGACGUACGUAAUGGAUCUGGAAUCAUUAAUGGACAUGGAUGCAGGCACUUUACAAGGAAUUGCGACUUUAGUGUUAGGAUUUCCUUUGAUUUGGCUCGUGAUUUCCUUUUGUAAUUACGUGGCAUGGGGAAUUAUUCGUGUGCAAGGAUGGAGUCGAGCUGUGUCAAAAGAUGACGAUGAUUAUAGUCGUGUGUUGAUCAUUACAGAGGGCAUUGGAGUGAUUAAAGUGCUUUUGGUAGUUGCUGUUGUGUCAACGUGCAUCAUUGAUGAGAUUGGUCGAUUUACGGACUUUGAGUCCGGUCAGGUGUCUACGGUUGCGGUCAUUAUGGUGGAGUUUGUGUUUGUGUUUGGUGCGCACUCUUGGCUGAAAAAUAUUAUGGGUGGAUUGAUGUCGCUGCAAGAUGAACAGAUAAAGAGCGGGCUUCAUGUGUCGUUUCAAGGCCACGAAGGGGUGGUUGAACGAUUGUUCUUGCAGGGGUUUUCGCUGCGUCAGUAUGACAAGGGUGUGGCGUACAUUCCCAAUAGUAUCAUGCUAGAAAAUUCGGUGAUGGUGCAGACCAAGAUUCUAGAACGGCGAUGUAUCGUUCAAGUGCAUUUGAGCCACUCGACACCCACGACAGUGCUCCGCAUUUUUAUCCAGGAGCUAGAUAAUUAUCUGAUGCAUCACAUGAUGGAUUGCCGCAUGAAUUUGAAAGCGAACGUUCUUGGACUAGACAAGCCACGAGGUGGGUGGGGCAUGAUAAACGUGUACGAAUCCAACAAGCAGCUUGCGAUGAAAGAAAAUCAACCGCGGGACCGCUUCUGGAUCAGUAUUGAGGCACCGUAUCUUGUACACGUUGUCUAUUAUUCGCAGGAGCGACACAAAAAGAGAUUGUUGGCCGAAAAGACAGAGAUCGUCCUACGCAUUACAGAGCUGAUAACUAAACUCAAGCUGAAUCUACACGGGAAAACAGAAGAAUACACUACGUCAAAUUCUGUAGCCCUUCCAUCAUCGGCUGGAACUGAAGCGUCAGAUGUAAAUGCACGAUACCCGAGCUUUAGCCCAGAUUCGCUUGCUGAAACAUCGAGCCGUCUCCGACGGAGGCGAGCACCGCCGGCAAGUGAGCCACUUGGACAACGCAUUCUGAGUGAUGACAAUAUGUUGCAAUACCGUCGACCUCUUGAAGACCAUGCCGACCAUGUAUAA